AUGGGCAUAUAUUACAGUUUAACAUCAAUAUUUUCCUCAACAGCAGAAACAAAUCAUAUUAAUGUACAGUCAAAUUCUAAAACGAAGAAACGACGACGACGCCGUCAUAAACAGAACCAUUUAUUAAAUCGAUUUUUUUUGGGUUCAAAGCAUUUUUUUAUAAAUACACAACCACAUACAUGUCUUUUCAAUGAUUAUUACUAUUUCAAUUCAAGAAAAUAUGAGUUAAAUCCGGUACAUCUACAAGUUUCAUUACCUGAAACGAAUCAAUCAUCGAUUAUACGACCAGUACAAUGUACUAUAGCCAUAAGAAGAGAUUCACUUAAAUUAGUUCAUUGUUACGAUGAUUACUAUUCAAUCGACUUUAUUUUCGAUGUUGAUCGCCCUGUACAAAUCUUCAUCUAUUUCAUGGCUCAUGAAGUAUAUACAAAUAAUAAUGCAUCAUUAUCGUAUGUUACUUGUAAAAAAUCAAGUAAUUUACAUACAUUUAAACAAUAUUAUGUAUUUGAUCGACCUGCUGGACACGGGCAAAUAUUUUCAUCAAUACCAAAUGACAUUCGUUUACCUUUAUCGGUACUAAAUGAAAAUCAUCAUAACUGUACAAUAAAAACUCAUGUAUAUCCAAUAGUUAUUGUUUGCCGUGAAAUAAAUUCUCGGCUAAAUAAAAGCCCAUCAACAAUUUGUGGUACAGCAAUAAAUGAGCAUACAACUGCUACUUUAGCAUCCUUUCCAACAUUUGAUCAAUAUCAUAUUGUAUUAGCAACAAUAAAACUUCGAUUAAAUGAACCGGUAUCAGCAAUUACUUCUGAUCGUGUAACAAUUGUUUUACUUAAUCAACAACAUAUUUAUAAUGGUAUUGUUUUUAAAUUAUUUGAAAUCUAUAGUAUUGAAAAUCAUCCAUCAAAAUUAGCCAAAACUAAUAAUGAUAAAAGAAAAGUUGCGCAAGGCGAUCAACCAUUAAUUAAAGUUGUUCAAACAUCAAAAUUUCAUGAAAAUGAGCCAUUUCUAGAUCGAAAAAAUGAAAUCGAUGUAAUUAAAAAAUCUUCAUCGGAUUUUGAUUUAGUUUCAAAUAAUACACAUGAAAGUACUUGUGUAAUCUGUUUAACUGAUACGCGUAAUGUGCUGUUGCUUCCAUGCCGACAUUUAUGUAUAUGCGGAUCAUGCGCGGAAAAUUUGAAAUUUCAAUCAGCUAACUGUCCCAUAUGCCGUGUUCCUUUCCGUGCACUACUACAAUUGAAUGCAUUGCGUCGUCGAAAACAUUUUUUAAUUAAUCAUCAAUAUAGCGAUGAUGAAGAUGAAUUAAUGUAUGAGAGUGUUUCUUUAAUAGAUGCACUCAAUUUAGCGACAUCGACAACGAAACAAAAUCAUAAAACUGACUGUAAUAUUAAACAUAGCAUAACAACUAAUGAUAUCAAGUAUUUUUGCAGUGAACAUGCAGUUUAA